AUGAGUAAAGAGGGUGAGAAUCAGAAUGUGGACGAAGAAGAUUUGGGUGGGAACAUUUUAAAAGAUGACAUACAAAAUGAUGAUGCAACAGAAAGAAAUAUUCUCAUAAUAGGAGACGAAAAUCUGUCCUUUUCAGAAUUUAUAAUUGAAUCAUAUCCGUCCUCUCAUAUAUACAUAGCCAGUACAUCAACUGAACUUGAAAUGGAUUACGUGUUACGGGACCUGGAGAAGAAGAAAAGGAAGCUAAAAAUCGAAAUGAUGAAUCAAGGAGAUGUCCAAACAUCCAAAAUGCAUUUUUAUUAUAUAAGAAAAUAUCAAGAAAUGUAUAAGGACAGAAACGUGCAUAUAAUAUUCAACGCGAAUUUGUUUAACUUGGGUAGUCACUUUCCAAAUAAUUUUUUCAGUACCGUUUUUCUGGUUCUUCCAGGACUUUGCUAUAACAUCAAGGAGAACAGACUCAAGUACAAUGAUAAAGUUACAACACUCCGAAUAUAUUAUUUUCUCUUUUGUAUACUGAUCGAAAUUGUUCAAAUUGGUAUAAAAAAUGCAAAUAUUCAUUUGUUUUGGACAAGAGAGAAAUUAACAAAAUUUGUGGAUGAUGAUGAUGAUUCUGUAGAAUCGAUAGAAAAGGAAGGAGACCAGAAACUGUCUGAUGGUGAAGAGAAGAAACGGGAAAGUAUUCAUGAAACGAUUAAUUCUCUCAAGAGUUUGAUGUGCAGUGGAAAGGAGGAAGUUGGAGAGGUUGGAGAGGUUGGAGAGGUUGGAGAGGUUGGAGAGGUUGGAGAGGUUGGAGAGGUUGGAGAGGUUGGAGAAGUGGGAGAGGUUGGAGAAGUGGGAGAGGUUGGAGAAGUGGGAGAAGUGGGUGAAGCUGAAGAAGUUGAAGAAGUUGGAGAGGUUGAAGAAGUUGGAGAGGUUGAAGAAGUUGAAGAAGUUGGAGAGGUUGGAGAAGUGGGAGAAGUGGGAGAAGCUGGAGAAGUGGGUGAAGAUGGAGAAGUUGGAGAGGUUGGAGAAGUGGGAGAAGUGGGAGAAGCUGGAGAAGUGGGUGAAGAUGGAGAAGUUGGAGAAGUGGGAGAAGCUGGAGAUGUGGCAGAAGUUGGAGAUGUGGCAGAAGCUGGAGAAGUAGGAGAAGCUGGAGAAGUAGGAGAAGCUGGAGAAGUAGGAGAAGCUGGAGAAGUAGGAGAAGCUGGAGAAGUAGGAGAAGCUGGAGAAAACGUGUGCAUCAAACUGUCAAAUUAUUCGCAGAUGUACGUCGAUGGAGAAGAAAACGAAGAUGAUGCUCCACCGAUGGGGGGAGAGGAAGGACAGAUGAAAAAUUGCACGACUGGUGGCAAGGUAGAUAAUGACAAGCAUGAUUAUGAGGAGGAGGACGACGAGAAGGAUGAAGAAGAGCAGCAGGAGGAGGAGGAAGAGGAAACGGAUGGCGAGGAUGAGCAAGACGCAACCAGAUUUAGUCACCUAAUGGAUGCAGAUGUAAAAGAUAAAAACGAAGAUAAAGGAGGAGCAGUAGAAGGAGGAGGAGAAAAAGGAGCCGGUACCAUGUCACAUGUAGUGACAUAUGUGUCCAUUUUUGAGAAAUGUGAAGAUGGUAAAGGAAAAAAGAUGAAUGAAAUGAACAUAGCAAGAUUCCCACUUCAUUACCAGAUUGAUAUAGAGAAAGUUAUGAAAUUAUUUCUUAUUGAUGAUCAAAAGGAUGAUGAGGUGGAAGAAAUCAAAAGGCUGAGAGUGAAUGUGGAUGAAAUUAUAAAUAAGUAUAUACCCAUAGUGUAUGGAAAUCAUUUUAUAUAUAAUGAAUUUUUAAAGAAUUGCAGAUUUUAUUCUUUUGUUUUAAAAAGUAAAAAAAUAACGAUUCCUGAAGAGAUGGCAUUAAUAUUAGAACCCAACAUUACUCGUGAGUACCCAAUUGAAACCUACACAUUUUUGAAGAAAAAAUUUUACUCUCAAUUCAAAGAACAGGUUAAAUCAUAUACUGCAAUAAAAGAUCAGUUGUAUCACAUUAGCCAUAUGAGGCACAAGAUGUACAUUCAGUAUGUUAAAAGUAAUUCAUAUGGAAUCAACAAGAGACACAAUUUGUCGUAUUACCUUUUUCAGUACAAUUUAAACAGCAUGAUGAGGAGAAGUAAAAUAUGUCCUUAUUGUGAGAAGGGUGUGGAUGGUGGUGAGAAGGGUGCAGACGAUGGUAAUAAGGGUGCAGACGAUGGUAAUAAGGGUGCAGAUGGUGGUGAGAAGGGUGCAGACGAUGGUAAUAAGGGUGCAGACGAUGGUGAUAAGGGUGCAGACGAUGGUGAUAAGGGUGCUGCUGCUGGUGAUAAGGGUGCAGACGAUGGUGAUAAGGGUGCAGAUAGUGGUGAUAAGUCUGCUGCUGCUGGUGAGAACGCCCCCAGGGGUCAUCAGGCCUACUCAGAGAAAUUAUGCAGACAUAAAUCCUCGACAGAUAAAUUAUGGAAAUCGAUUUUCAGUCCCUUUGAUUUUUUCCACGUGAAUGACAAUUUGAAUUCAUAUUUUGAAUAUUAUAUAAACUUAAAAAAAAAGAAUAAAAGUGCAAGUCGUAACACUCGUAAGCUGUCUAUAAAACUUAACAGCAACAGAAGAAUGUAUAAUAGUGAGCACCCUAACAAGAAGUAUGUUAAGAGAUCCAUUGGUGGAUCAUAUCGAAACAGUAGCUACUACCCAAUGUAUGAUAAUAAUAAGAAAUCAUCUCCCCUUCUACCAACGCCACUCAAUGAAAAUACAAGUAACUAUUCAGGCCGAGGCACAAAUAUUAAUACCUUCAGAGGAGGAGGAGCAGCAGCAGGAGCAGGUGGCGUGAACAAAAGCAGCAUGCACAUUAUGAAGAAGGGUAAUCAUAGUAGUGUAUACAAACAUGUUACACACAGUGCGAACAGUGCACACAGUACUCAUAGUACCCAUUACUCGUACAGUAAUCUCCAUUCGUACAGUAAUCUCCAUUCGUACAAUAAUCUUCAUUCGUACAGUAGUCAGAACCCGUCUCACAAUAGUCAGAACCCGUCGCACAAUAGUCAGAACCCAUCGCACAAUAGUCAGAACCCGUCUCACAAUAGUCAGAACCCGUCUCACAAUAGUCAGAACCCGUCUCACAAUAGUCAGAACCCGUCUCACAAUAGCCGUUCCUAUAACAGUAGUCAGCACUCCCCGCAGAGUAGUCAGCAUCCCACGCAGAGCAGUCAGAAUCCCAUGCACAAUAGUCAACACCACUCGUACAGUAGUCAGAAUUAUGGCAGUAGCAGCAAGUAUGGAGGUAAUGGAAUUUACAGUGUACAGGAUACUGGAUAUGUGGAUAGUAGCAAUUAUGGAGAUGCAAAAAGUUACACAAACGGGAAUAAUCACAGUGGAUCGAAUAGUUACAAUUGUCAUCAAUAUUCAUCUAAUAACAGGAUUUUUAGGAAUGAGAAAAUGGGUAAAGGUAGCAUGAUGAAUAACUAUGACAAUAGGAAAGAUGAGAAAAAUUUGAAAUAUAACAAGAUUGAAAACCAAAGACAGAACCGUACUUAUUCCACAUCUGGCUUUCACAGUGGUGGUGGUGGUAGUAGUAGUACUGUCGGUUCCACUUACCACGAGGGAAAUAAUCCAUACAAUACUUCGAUGCAUCAGGGUUUGGAGAGUAAAAAAUCGACCAGGAAUGCCAUUCAUAAGAUGGGGGAACUGCGUGCUGAGGUGAGAGGUGAGGCCAGAAGUGACGUGAGAAUAGACCGUAGAAAUGACGUGAGAGGUGACAUGAGAGGUGACGUGAGAAUAGACCGUAGAAAUGACAUGAGAGGCGACGUGAGAAUAGACCGUAGAAAUGACAUGAGAAGUAACAUGAGAAGUGAUAGCAAAAGCGCGAAGAGAAGGAGAGACGAUUCCUAUGAAUUGAGAAGAGGUGCAACAUCCACAGAAAACUACCCGAGUAAACGUUACGAAAAAAGAGGAAGGAAUAAUGACUACGGGACAGAAAAAAAAGCAGAUGUCAGAAGGAAUAAUGACAACCAUCAUCGAAGUUCUAAAAGUAAUGCAGAAAUGCAAGACCCAUAUGCAUCAUCAACAAAAGAACACAACAAUAAAUACUAUGAUGGGUGGGGUGAUAAUCACUCAUCCAACAAGUCGGAUAAACAUAUGUGGAAAAUGCCACCCCCACCCCCACGUAUUCCACCUGUGCACGACAAUCAAUCCUAUCAGAAAAUGGUAAUCCCUCGUUUCACGUACAUUAGCGCAAUGAGUGCAAAACGGCACUUUCUGUGA